CAGCGACAGUCGCUCAUUCCCAAUAAAUAAUUUCCCUUGUUACCGAUAACCGCACGAGUACCUCGUGUCCUGCAUUACCGACUUUGUUGACGUUAACCUGUGCAAACCUGUCAAUUGUUCAAGGAAAAUAAAAUUGCUAAGCGACGAAGAAUUCAACAAUGGAAUCAGACGAAGUAGGAAGUACCACACCAACCAAUGAGGAGACAAAGAGUGCGGGUCAACCGCUAUCAGAUUUCCUAGUGCAAUUGGAAGAUUACACACCGACAGUACCUGAUGCAAUAAGUGAAUAUUACUUGCAUCAAGCGGGAUUCAACUCAACAGAUCCUCGCAUAGCUCGGUUAAUCUCUGUAGCAGCUCAAAAAUUCAUCUCAGACGUUGCUAACGACGCACUGCAGCAUUGCAAGACAAGAGGGGCCAAUCAAAAUACAAAGUCAAAGGGUAAAGAUCGCAGGUACACGUUAACAAUGGAGGAUCUCAGUCCAGCAGUUGCUGAGUACGGUGUCACCGUCAAGAAGCCGCAUUACUUUGUAUAAAAUGAACUUCCUCACCAUUUGUGUCACUAGUGGACAAUCCAUCGGUUACAGGAAUAAAUUCUCAAGUUAAACUGACAUUCAUGAGUUUAAUAUUUAAACAAUUUGGGUUGAAAGCGUCAAUUGAAGCAAUCAGAUUGUUAAUCGCAAAUAUUUUGAUUGUUUCGUUGAUUGAGGACUAGCAAAAUAAAAAAUCUACCACCAG